UGCCCAGUACCACACGUCGCUCGAGUGAAAGUUUGGAAGAGCUGCGAAGUGAAUCACAUUAUCUUCGUCUGGUACCAUUCUGAAUCAGCUGAACCGGAUUGGCAGCCCCAACCACACACAUUUGUUUCUACCGGGGCCUGGCGCUUCCAAGGUCGCAAUGAAUACCUCAUUAACUGUCAUAUACAGGAUGUAACCGAGAAUGGGCCUGAUGCCAUGCAUUUCAACGAGCUGCAUAGUCCACCUAUAUUCCUCUCUGGCGAAUUUUCCUGGUUAGCUCGGCACUUAUGGAUCAUCUACACAAGAUGGCAACCUAACUUCUCAUAUGACAACCAAAUGAAUGAGGAUGAAGAUGAAGUAAUAAAGACGAGUGCCAAAUUGAAAGGAGUGUCAAUUCAUCCAAUUGAAAAUGACAAAGGAAAUCGUCAUUUCACAGUUGCGCAAAACACAGAUAGAAAUAGGGAGGAGCACAAGGCCAAUAUGCACUUAUGUCAUAAAGUGAUGCUUUUAGAACGUUUUAGCAUAAUGGAGUCUGAUGUACGCGCCGAGCAGAUCGGACCUGGCAUCAUCGAACUAAAUGUCAAUACGUCGUUCGGAUCUUUGUACAUUUUGUUAACAAUAACGCCAAUCGAACCGCUGCUACAACGGGUGAUUCAUCUGAUCUUCUCGCCACCUCUGUUGGCGCCACACGCUAAUUUGCUUUUUCUAGGCGAGUGCAUGAUGUUUGAGCGUGACAUUAGAAUCUGGAACUCUAAGAGAUUUGAACAACAUCCGAUUCUGGUGCACGAGGAUCGUACUAUCCAAGUAUACCGCCGUUGGUACUCACAGUUUUACUCUGAUCAUAGUCCCACCUAUAAGACGGCCAUAAAGGAUUUACAGUGGUAG